GCCAUUUUUUCUGUAAUCGCCGUUUGAGCGAGCAUCGUUUUUUCUUACGUGAAUAAAAUAAAGAUAUUUUAGUGUUUAGUUAAACUUAUCUUUUCAAUAACCCGGAGUGAAAUAGUGAAAAAUAUUUGUUAAAUGAAUUAAGACUGAUAUUCACGAGCAUUUUAUAAAUAUAAGUUUAAUAUAUAUAAAACAUAGGGGCACUAUAUAACCGUAGCCAUGGAUAUAGCUACGAAAACCCAACGAGAAUGCGAGGAACGUGUUGCUGAGGAGUACCUCUCCAGUUUGUCGGAUUUGAACUGCAACAGCAAACCUCUAAUUAACAUGCUCACAAUGUUGGCCGAGGAAAAUAUCGAAUAUGCAGCUGUUAUUGUAAAAGUCGUCGAACAACAUAUAGCAAAGGUUCCUCCAGAGAUUAAAUUGCCCAUAUUGUAUUUAAUCGAUUCAAUUGUAAAAAAUGUCAAAAGCACAUAUGUGCAACUCUUCAGCCAAUGUAUUGUCAGUUUAUUUUGUGGAGUCUUUGAGAAGGUCAACGAAAAAAUUCGAGAACGAAUGUAUGCUCUACGACAAACAUGGAAUGAAGUAUUCUCAGCCCAAAAACUGUAUGCUCUAGAUGUGAAAAUAAAACGUUUGGAUAACAAUUGGCCCAUCACCGCCAAACAACCAUCAAUCCAUGUUAAUCCCAACUUCUUAAAAACUGCAAAUCAAGCCAUUCCUACAGAAAUGGAGAUGAUUUUACAGGACAAGACUCGUGAACUUUUGGAAUUGAAGAAACGUAAACUUGAAUUAGAGCUGGAGGCUACCAAAAAGCAUUUGGAGGAACAAGAAAAACAAUUUUCCAAAACUGCUGAAGGCGUUUUGCCACCAGUUGAUGCCUUCGUAGUUGCCAACGCCUUACAAACCGUUGGUAUUCGACCUACGCCCAUGGGUGGCCAAGUUAUGCCAGCCGUAAUGGCACCCGGUUAUAUGGGGCCCCAAGCUAUGGCCCUAAAUCCCAUCAGACCAUCUGUAUAUCAUCACAACAUUCGAGGGUUCAGGCCAAAUUUGCAUCCAGGCAUAAUGGGCGAUCAAACACAGGCCACUAUUCCUCCAGCAGGGAAUAUGGGGGCAACUGUCAAUAAGCCUAGAGUGCAUCCGGUAAACUCAGCAUUGAUCAGUUCGGUGCGGCAACGUGAUCCCAGGCUGGCCCGUCAACAACUACAACAGCAGCAGCAGCAACAACAGCAACAACAACAACAACAAUUGCAGCAAUCCAAUCAUCAGCAAAAUGCUGCAACUUCUUCUAGUCAAUUGCAAACAGCAGAUAUUUCUAAAAACCCUAGAAAUGAACGUAGUCACAAAAGCAGUGAACGCAGCCGAAAAUCGCCUACAAGAUCUACUUCUACUAGCAACAGCAGCAGCAGCCGUGCAUCAUCGAGUCGUUCGGGCAAAAGUUCCAGUCGUGAAAAGGACAGAGAUCGCAGUAAACGCUCCGAUUCAUUGUCAGCAAAGAGUGCUGCUAACACUGAACGUAGUAAGAAAUUAUCAUCAUCGUCAUAUGGUGGGUCUUCAUCAUAUGGCAGCAAAGUUGACAGGCUGGCGGCUUCAUCGUCAUCUUCGACGUCGACCUCGUCCAACUCAGCUAAAUGUGACAAAGAUGCAUUUGAAAUAGCUCCCCUUUCGAGUGCAUUCAAACGGAAAUCCACCUCACCAAGUUCCUCGCCCAGUAAAUCAAGAGAAUCCAAACGUUCCAAUAAAUCUCGUUCGGCGCGCAGCAAAACUAGUUCACGCAGUCCAUCUCCUGAAUCUUCGUUGGGGGUGUAUAAAAAUAUCAAUACACGACGAAUGUCUACCACAUCGUCCUCAUCAUCUAUGAUGGCCUCACCCGAGAAGAAGAUGACUAAACUGCCGGAUGACAAGGAGCAGAAGCAAGAAGUCAAAGCUGCAGAGGAUAUGGCGAAAUCCUCAAUUGUAGACACUACGUCUGCGAAUAAUAAUACAGACAAAAAAAAUUUACUAUCAGCCCCCUCCUCCUAUUCUUUGGCUGGAAGCAACAAAAUUGCAACCUCUUCUACGUUGAGCUCGGCUGUGAUGGGCCAUGAUCAGAGGGUCAAGGCUGCUGAAUCCGACACAAAGGACACUGGCAAACGUGAUGCUGAUGGCGGAAGUAAAGCUGGAGCUGACACCUCCCCCCAUGAAGUAAGUAAAGAUCAUGAUGAGGAUAUCAAGAAGAGGCCCUUAGCACCCCACAAGGAUGAAGAACCACUGGCCAAGAAAAGCAAAUCCGCCAAAAUUGACAAUUUGUUUGGAUCUGAGGAUGUAGAUCUGCGUCAAUUGAUGCCACCCAUUGCGGUGAGUGCCCAAGAAGAGACUGCACCUCCGCCGCCCCCCCUUAAUGUAGCCGCUGAGUCGAAUGAAAAUUGGGAUAAUCUUAAGACUGAAGUUGCAAAAGCUGCCCCCCCUAAGAAGUCUAGUCUUGAGGAUGUUCGUGCUAAAUUGGCGAAAACAGCAAAACUAAACAAAUUGCUAAAGCUUGGUGAGAAACCUAACAAAGACAUAGAUCACCGCAAUAAAUUGGCCGAACUGCAGAUGAACGAGGACACGCAGGAGGCAAAUGAUGAAAAAAUCCGCACAAUGAUUGCUCAAGCUCAAGAGUUAUUGGAAUCGAAAGCCAUCAACCAAGAACAAUAUAAAAAGCUUGUGCGUAAUGUUAUGUCCAUCAAUGAGGACUACAAACUGAAAGAAGCCAAGCGUCGUGAGUCACUCAAUGCUUUCAAAGAGAAAAGUCACAAUAAUGAUGAUGGCAGCAAUGACUCUUCUGAACGCAAUGCAGCCAGAGAAGCCAUACUUAAGAAACGUAUACCCCGUAUAAACAAAGGUGGCAGCGGUGGUCCUGCCGGCGAUGUUAUAAAUAUUGACUCCUCGAACGAGGGUAGUGCCGGCAGUGGUGGUGGCAACAUGGAUGAGCAGCCUAUGCGUUUGGUGGAUGACAAGCAUGAUUCGAACGAUGAACCACCCCUGAGAAAUAGUAGACGUGACAAGCGCGGUGGCUACAAACCCUCAAAGUGGGGCGAUAGAGUGCCUGACCCACCCAUGAUGCCAGCAGGUUUGUUGCAACAACAACAACAGCAACAGCGCCCUUGGAAUACAUUGAUGGCACAAAAUAAACGCGGCAAUUUAGGCAUGCCCUUCCGGCCGAAUAUGCCACCAAAUGUGCGUCCACCCUGGUCGAGUAGUAAUAAUGGACCCCAACAUUUCCCCAAAGGAGGACCGCCCAUGAUGGCACCCCACAUGAGAGGCAAUAACAAUGCCAUGCCUUCCAUGGGUCCACAAUCACCGAUUCCGCCUCCUCCCAUUAUGCCCAGAGCAUGCAACUCCAUCGACAAUCCCCAGGAAGAUAUUGUGCGUACCAUAACCAUAGAUGGCCUUGCCAAGGAAAUUCGUUUCUAUGAUCAAGUGGCCAUAGUCUUUAUGGAAGUUGAUCAGCCACGGGAAAUUGGCUUUCAAAAUGGUCAACGUACCAUAUACAUUGAUAGCCAUGAACCCAUAACGUUGCAAUUCAACCAUGACUACAAGCCUGUGACCAUUGAUGGUGAGACCUUUAAUUUACGUUUUGGAUUCCCAUCUCGCGAAUUAUUCAUUGACGAGAACUGGUAUGAAAUCUACUUUGGUGGUCCUGCCAUAAGUGUUCCUAUUCGAAAUAAAAUGCACAUGCUGAAAGCCGAAGGUCCCCCGCCUCAAGUUAACAUAGGAAAUUUGCGACGUGAUUUAGUGGUGGGCAAAAUCAACAUGAUCGUUGAUGCCCACAAUGUUAUUCCCCUGUUCUUGGAUGCUCGCGUACAAACUUUUAAAUUGGCUGACAUGGAGCACACAGUGCAAUUUGCUGAUAAUCUGUUGACUGUACUUCUCGAUGGCACUCCCACGCGUGUUGAAUAUGGAGGUUUGCCCAAAAGUCUGUACCUAGGGGCAAAUAAAUAUUUUGUCCGUUUUGGUGCUCUACCCCAGGGCGUUGUUGCCGGUAAGGUGCAAAUCAAGGACAUGAUUUAUGUGGAAACAAAGCCCUCAGCAAUAAAUGUAGAAACUGCACUCAAUAUUCCUCCUGCUGCUGGCCCCAUGUUAGCUGCAACUGAAUCUGAACUCAGUCAAGCUGAUCUACAAAAACCUGCAGAGACUUCAGUACCCAUAUUGCCAGCUGCCGCAUUAAGCAGCAUCAAUAUCGAUGAAUUAUUCCAGAAACUGGUGUCCACGGGAAUAUUGGGUGGCGCCAGUGGAAUACUGCCCGCCAUUAAUAGUAGCAAUGCUCAGACAACGGGGCCAGCAGAUCAAGCUGGAACAACGGCGGCGAAACCCUCUGAAGAUGAAUCGACCGAAGAAGUGCCGGCUCCUCCGCCUCUUAAUGUUGCAGAAUCUAUAAAGCCCAUUGAUCUUUCCAAACCAGAAUCGAUAAAAUCUCGUCAAGCAGGUAUUGUUGCCACCCUAUUUUCCGGAAUGCAAUGCAGCAGUUGCGGUGUACGUUUCCCCCCAGAGCAGACCAUAAAAUAUAGCCAACAUUUAGAUUGGCACUUCCGACAGAACCGGCGUGAGCGUGACUCUUCGCGCAAGGCCCACUCCCGCAAGUGGUACUAUGACCUGAAUGAUUGGAUUCAAUACGAGGAGAUAGAAGAUGUGGAUGAACGUGAGAAAAACUUCUUUGAAACGCCGCAAAAUGACUUGGAAGUCAUUGAUGAAACCUCAAACCAGCGAUCCACCCACUCGCCUAUUCAAAGUUGCCCAGCAGGUCCGGAUGAUGUUGAUCGAGCUUGUGAUAUGUGCCAAGAAAAGUUUGAACAGUUCUACAAUGAAGAGCUCGAGGAAUGGCAUUUGAGGUGUGCAAUUCGUGUUGAGGAUAAAAUCUAUCACCCCCUGUGUUACGAGGAUUAUAAGGCCUCACUUAAUCCACCACCCGCCAAACCAGCAGAAGAAGAGCUAGCCGACACAACAGAAGAUGAACCUUCACUUAUACAAAUCGACGAUGACAAUGCUGUUGAUAUUGUCAUAAAAGUUGAGGAGGAUAGCAAAGAUGAUAAAAAUGACGGUGGCGCUAAACUGGAUGAGGACGAUGAUGAUGUAAUCGUUUUGCCCAACGAAGAGCCCUCGGUAACAGAAAUCUACGAUGAUGAUGAUGACGAAUAUGUACCUGCCAAUGUAACCCGCGAACAUAUGGGCAAUGUUCAUGAGGAAGACGAAGCAGGGGAUCUCAACGAAACAAACGAAUCGGAUGUGGAGAUUCAGGAACCACACAUACCUUUUACCGAUUUGGACACCUAUGUUGAGAAGGAGUUACCAGAGGGCGAUGAAUUAUCUAGAACCUCCUUCAUGAAUGUGAAAAUCAAACUGGAGCCGAAUGCUGACGAAGACGAAGAUGAUGGUUUUGAAGACGUGGGUACAGUUUUAAUUGCGCCAGAUGAAAUAUCAAUUCAUAGCAGUGAAGAGACUCAAACCCAAUUGAUAGAGUCUUCCACGUCUGCCAUGUCUCCUAUUCUGGAACGUCCUGCCUCAACAACGCCAUCCGUCAUCAAUGAUGAAAAUGAAACGAACGCGGAGCCUUCAGUUGCCGAUUUAAAUAAUUCCAUGGAUGGUAAUAUGGAGACUGGGGACGAACACAACUUGUCCGCAGCCGGCCUUGUGCCCACCAUGCCCUUGGCUAGUUUAGUUAAUAAGAUCAAAAUAAAUAUUACCAAGAACUCUGUAACCACAAAUAGCACUGCUAGUUGUAGUAAUAGCUCAACAGGAACGACUACAAACACUUGUAAAAGUAACUCCUCAGCCAACAGCAAUAGUAGUAGUUUGACUGAGCAAUCAAAAGGUAGCCUAGGUAGCACAUCAGGUGGGACUACAUUCAAUCACAUACCAACUAUAUCCACUAUACCGGUCUUAUGCGGUGGUGGAACUACUAUCAGCAGUACCCAAUCAUCCUCCAUGGGUGGUGCUUUGUAUGAUGAGCCAUCGAAUAUUCAAACCAUAAGCUCGGGCAGCAUUUGCGAUAGUAGUGUAAGUAGCAUAUCAGUAAUUGGCAGUAUUUAUGGCAGCAAUGGUCCUGCGACAGUAAUCCGACCCAUACCGCCAGCAGCAAACGUUGCCAAAGCUCCAGCAAAACCUGCCACACCACCACCGCCGCCUGUCGAGGAGACCAUUACGUACGAACUAAAGCCGGAGCUGCAGAAAGCCACGCUCAAGAAAAAGGAGAAGGUGAUAUGCGGCAAUGAAACUUCCGGACUUUGUUCUAUUAUGUAGGAAACGGAAAAACUGUGCUACUACAACAUUUGGUCCCCCUUUGGAUACUGUCCGAAAUACUCGGGCCAAUGUUUUCAGUCUGUCGCCCGUCUCCUCUGGCAACUGUCUAUUGAUCCAAUUCCAAUUGUAUAUACUAUAUAUUUAUGUGUGUGGUUGAACUGGUUAAAAACUUCACCUACACAUUAUAGUUUUAUCUAUUCGUUGAUUAGUAUUUAGUGUGUCCUAUAUUUUUGAGAAUACCUAAAUUUAUUGAAUUUGCAAGGGUUAGAGAUUUAGGUAAACGUCUCUUCAUUGGUUACUUAUGGAAAAUUCUAGUUUAGUUUCUUUUUUUUUAUUUAUACACUGACUUUUAGUCAUUCAUCAUUUAGCCAUUAAAACACUGUACUACAGCAUUAACAUUUUCCCCUUUGACCUGUGUUCUCGAAUGAUCGCAACCUGAUAUCGAGAGAAGAGGAAAUCAUUUUAAGAUUUGUUCAAACGUUGGCCAUUUGGAACACUACUCAAAAUACAUGAUACAUCAUUUCAUAUUUAUAUAUGCAAAAACCAACAUUUAAUAUUGCAACCAAAAUGCUGAUGAAAAUAUUAAAAAAUAAAAAAAAAAACACAAAUAUUCAAAUAAAUAAAAAUGAUUAUUUACAAAUUAA